CCUCUCCCUCUCCCGUCCAUUGCCGCCACCACCUCCCACUUCCUCCUCCUUCCAUAACGCUUUGUGCUUCUCGUUCAUCUCCAAGCACAGUGCUUGUCCCUGGUGGAUGGGAGGACAUAGUAUCUCUUGCCGUUAACCAUGAAUCUUUGGUCCGACGAAAACUCCUCCGUCAUGGACGCAUUCACAGGCUCCGAUCUAUCUUCUCUCUGGCCUCCUCAGCAAUCCUCUACUUCUACGAUUACCACCACUGAAACUGACCCCACCAAAGCUUUCUCUCAAAACCAGCUUUCGGCUUGCAUCUUCAAUCAGGAGACUCUUCAACAGCGUCUCCAGGCGCUGAUUGAAAAGGCCAGUGAGAGCUGGACCUACGCUAUCUUCUGGCAAUCUUCUUGUGAUUACUCGGGAACCUCCGUGUUGGGUUGGGGGGAUGGGUACUACAAAGGCGAGGAGGAUAAAGGAAAGGGGAAGGCCAAAAUGACGGCAUCUUCCGCGGCCGAGCAGGAGCACCGGAAGAAGGUUCUUCGCGAGCUUAAUUCGCUAAUCUCCGGCUCGUCGUCCUUCCCGGAUGACGCUGUGGACGAAGAAGUAACGGAUACCGAGUGGUUCUUUUUGGUUUCGAUGACCCAGUCGUUUUACAACGGCGGCGGAUUGCCGGGGCAGGCGUUCCUCAAUUCGAGCCCGGUGUGGGUCGCUGGUUCCGAGCGGUUGGCGGCUUCGACGUGCGAGAGGGCGAGGCAGGGUCAGUUGUUCGGGCUUCAGACUUUGGUUUGUGUACCGUCGGCGAGUGGAGUGGUCGAACUGGGCUCAACGGAGCUGAUAUUCCAAAACUCUGAUCUGAUGAAUAUGGUCAGGGAUUUGUUCAAUUUCAAUAACGCCGAGGGGAAUUCUUUGUGGCCGUCAAAUGCUUCAACUGCUGCCGAUCAGGGUGAGAACGACCCUUCGUCACUCUGGCUCAACGAUCCUUCUACAGUUGAAAUUAGGGAUUCGGUGACUACUGUUCCCCCCAUUUCUGUGCCUAGUUCUAGCAACAGCCAUAAUAACAAUCCGAAGCCGAUGCAAUUGGAUACUAGAGGUUCCGCAACUUUAGCCGAGACUCCAAGUUCCAUUCAUAUCCCAAACGCUCACCAUAGUCACCAACAACAACGGCAACAGCAGCGUCAUUCGCUGAACCAGGGUUUCUUUUCCCGGGAAUUCAACUUUUCGGACUAUGGAUUAGACGGAGACGGUGUGAAGAACGGUAACUCGCAUUCCUUGAAGCCCGAAUCGGGUGAGGUUUUGAAUUUCGGGGAGAGCAAGAGAAACGCUUAUAAUGGAAACGGGAAUUUCCUUUCAGGUCAAUCUCAACUCAAUGCUGAGGAGAAGAAGAGGAGGUCACCUACGUCCAGGGGGAGCAAUGACGAAGGCAUGCUUUCUUUCACUUCAGGUGUGAUUUUGCCUGCAUCAAAUACGAAGACCGGCGGCGGCGGUGAUUCUGAUCAUUCCGAUCUCGAAGCUUCUGUGAUUAAGGAGGUAGAUAGUAAAGUGGUAGAACCAGAGAAAAAACCUCGGAAGAGAGGACGAAAACCUGCAAAUGGCAGAGAGGAGCCUCUGAAUCAUGUUGAAGCUGAAAGGCAGAGGAGAGAGAAGCUCAAUCAACGGUUCUACGCGCUUCGUGCCGUGGUUCCAAACGUUUCAAAGAUGGAUAAAGCAUCCCUUCUGGGUGAUGCCAUUUCUUACAUCACUGAGCUCAAGUCGAAGCUUCAGAGACUAGAAUCAGACAAGAACGAAUUGCAGAACCAAUUGGAUUCUGUCAAGAAGGAGCUCGAGGUAGCCCACAAAGGCUCAGCGCCACCUCCACCGGAUAAAGAACCGAAGCCGUCCAAUCAUCAUGCAAGCAAGAUCACGGAUUUGGAUAUCGACGUGAAGAUUAUCGGUUGGGAUGCGAUGAUUCGGAUUCAGUGCAGCAGGAAGAAUCACCCAGCGGCAAGGUUGAUGGCAGCAUUGAAGGAGCUAGACCUGGACGUGAACCACGCGAGUGUGUCGGUGAUGAAUGAUUUGAUGAUCCAACAAGCAACAGUGAGGAUGGGCAGUCAAUUCUACACGCAGGAGCAACUCCGUUUAGCGCUUUCGUCCAAAGUUGGCGAUGUCCGAUAGGUCAUCGACAUUGGGAUAUAAAGCUAUUCCUUGUGGUGUCGGGCUAUGGGAUAUUUUGAGUCUUCCCGUCAGGAAACUCUGUAGCAUGCUACUGUCUCAGUGUUUUCAGUAGUUCUUUCUCUUUGUUUCUGUUUUUUUGGUUGCUGGUAGCUUAGUUUAAAUUUUGAGGUAAUUUAAGUUGGGAAGCUGGAUUUGAACCAGGGGAAAUCAAGUGUGGGCAGGGAUAGGUAGUUCGGGUGAAAUUAUCAAAAAAAAGGGAGUAAUUUUGUGUCAAUAUUGUCAAUCUAGAUUGUUAUGUAUAUACUAAUAAAUUUGAUCAUGAAAUUCCUUAGA